GGAGCAAGUUCGAAAAGCUUUUAUUUGUGAGAAACACUUCGAACAGCGGUUUGUUUCGGCAUCGACACGGCGUCUCAACGCGAAGGCUUAUCCUUCGUUAUUCAGUCAAGAUGAGAUUAACAGUGGGAUCCCAUCUCAUGAAAAUGCCGGUAAGUGUAGAAAAUGAUAAGAAGUGAUAUAAUAAAUCAGUCUAAUCUAAUUCGUAUCAUUUACGACCAUAAAAGAUAAUGUCAUAAACUUCUAUGCAAUUGAUGACUCAUGAAUCACGGCAUGGUGAUUUUAUUAUGUGUAGGUAAUACAAAGUGUUUGUUUAUUCCUGUAAUAAGAGCAUAUGUUUCUAGUAAGAUAAUUAUUUCAUGCGAUCGAUAUUAAUAUCUUAACACUUGUGUGUUAAUUUUAGCUUAGCAUUUUUGUACUUCUUUGGGUAAAGAUAUCAUUGGCAAGUGUUGCAGUCUUUUAUUAAUUAUUUUAUUUAUAUAGAAAUUUCCCAAUCCUAAAAAAACACCAUGCAGAAUUUGUAGAUAAAUAAUACCACAUUUCACUUUAGUUAUUUAAAAAUAAUAUUUUGUUAUCAAUUUUAGAAAACAUGGAUCCGCUGAAAGAACAUGCAUAUGUUCGUAAAUCACAUGACGACCACACAUACUGUCAACAAGUGCCUCAAAAAGCGUCUCCUGCCAUUCCAUCCACAUCGGGGGUUAAAUCAACCGCAGUGGGCCAUACACCAAAACAGACUAUGGCCGUUUCUAUAGCCACAGAACCUGUCCCGACAACUUCAGACAUUGAAAAGGAGACCAUGCCCGAACUAUGCAGCAGCUUUAUUACAGAACUUGUUGUAGCUGAGAAGGUUACAGCUUGUAUUUCACCUAGUGUACAGUCACACAAUGAAGCAGUCUUUGUAACAACUGCUGAACCUGCAAUCAAACAAUCAAAUGCUGAAGAGCAGCAGAUUUUGCCAGAAGCAAAUAUUCCAGAAUGUGUUGCGGUUGAGGAGGUUACCUCUACCAAUUCACCAAGGGAACAGUCUCAAGUUCAAAGUGUUGUUGAAGUUAAAGUUCAAAGUGCGAAAAGGCCACAGAAGCAGAGGAAACGAUUGAUUGGGAAAUUAAUGAACCUGACACCAACGGGCCGAAUGAUAUACGACGAAUAUAAAAAAUCUAAACGUCAGGCAGAUUUUUACCACAGGGCUAAGAGGGCCUUGAAAUUCAACAAAGAGAAAUCCUUUCAAGAAUUGACAAAAGACAUGAAUCCGUAUGCGAAAACUAUUUUGAAAAUGCAAAUCAACCUUUGCAAUAAAAAUAAGAAAGGGCGUCGAUUUUCAUUGGAAGAAAAACUAAUAGCACUGUCGAUAAUGAAACAAAGCCCUAAGUGCUAUAGGUUCCUGCACAAAAUUUUUAUCCUGCCGUCGCGAUCGACUCUAAAUAAAAUGGUUGCAGGACUUAAGAUCGAGUCUGGGAUUUGUCCUCAAGUAUUUGAAGUAAUAAGAAGAGAGACCGAAAAAUGGAGCUACAAAAAAAAACUGUGUUCAGUCAUAUUUGACGAAAUGUCUUUAGAGGCUGGCUUGUCUUAUGACAAAAACAAAGAUAAAAUUAAUGGGUUAGUAGAGCUUGGCGAGAGAAAAAAUGAUUUCGCUGAUCAUGCCCUCGUGUUUAUGUUGAGAGGAGCUGUCCACAAGUGGCAGCAGCCAAUAGCCUUUUAUUUUUGCCAAGGCGCUACUAAAGGCACAGAAUUAAAAAGUAUACUCGUGGAUAUUAUCACAGCGGUUGUAGGAUGCGGGUUAAAGCCGAUAUCCCUUAUUUGCGACCAAGGGUCAGCUUUCCAAGCGGCUCUAAAUUGCCUGAAGGCUGACACAGCGCGUGACCAAUUACUGACAAAUCAGGAACCAGAUGGCACAGUAACAAUAAACGAAGUCAAACUGAUGGUUAUAUUCGACCCUCCUCAUCUUAUUAAAGGAUUGAGAAAUAAUUUUUUGAAUAAAGACAUUUCCUUUGAAGGAAAAUUAUCCACAUGGAGAGACAUCGUGGAUGUAUACGAAACGGACUGCAAUAAUAUGGAAACAAGAAUGCUGCAUAAGUUAAAUGACCAGCAUGUGAUACCUGAAAAAAUUAAAAAGAUGAAGGUCAAGAACUGUGUAAAAGUAUUUAGUUACACACUGUCUUCGGCUCUAUCUUACACAGCCAACUUCUCUCACUAUGCGGACGGCAGACCUGUGAGUGAAACAUUAAGAAACACUGCUGAAACAGUUUUGUUCUUUGAUAAAUUGUUUGAUAGCAUCAACGGAUCAGCAACCUAUUCACAAAAGAAAGGAAAAGAGCUACGCUGUGCAGUGACAGAAAAAUCUAAGCACCAUGAAUUUUGGCCGGAGAGCAUCGAGAAACUGGAAAAAAUUAAAUAUGUAGAUUCCAAGGGAAAUCCGAAAUCCGUGCCUUCCUUAAAAAACUUUAUUGCCACGGUAAAAACAUUCAUGAAGCUGUGGCAGUUUUUUAAGAGCAAAAAUAUGACAAUAAUGCGCCCAAGGUUCUUCAAUUCAGAUCCAAUUGAAAACUUCUUUGGCCAAGUCAGGGCCUAUAAUUAUAGGAACAACGACCCCAACUGCCACAGUUUCAAGAACACCUUUAAAUCAUUAUUGAUUACUAGAAUGAUAAAGUUUCAUGGUGACGCUUAUAAUUGUGAGGAUGACUCGGCAGACCAAAUAAUUAAUUUAAAAUCAUUAUUUGAAGAUAGUGAAACUGCUAGGGUCGAGCCGGGUCAUCCCAAAGUAGGAGAUGUAGAAGAUACUGUAGAAGAGGCCCAACGGGAGCAACUAAAUGUUCUCCAUUCGCGAGCGUACACUGCUGGAUGGGUGGUAACAAAAACAAUGCAGAAAUAUAAUAAUCAAUGUGACAGUUGCAGAAAAAGCCUUACUACUAAAGAAGGCGCAAUCCACAAAUGGAUUCAUCAAAGAGAGUAUGAUGCCGCCACGAAACGCCUUACUUACCCAUCCAGAGGUGCUGUUCGGUGUUUCGGUACAAUUAUUAAAGAAACAAACGGAUUCUUGGAACACCGAGCCCAUGAAUUAAAUCUGACGGCCAAAAUUAUGGAAAAAAUUUUGUUCAACAAUCCAUUUAGUUUCUUUAAAUGUACCACACACCGUGAAAUUUUGUCAUAUUUUAUUUCCGUGACAGUAAAGUUCUCGAUUACAAAUUGGUGCAAUAACAUUAAUAAAAUAUUAAAAGGAACGGAUAUUGUGCGGAUAAAAAACCGCACUUUGCCUGCGAUGCAGCAGAAAGCUUUUUUAAAAUAUAAGAAAAGACUGAGGAAUAAAUCGUUUAAUAAAUAAAAUUGUGUUUUAUUUAAAUUAUUGCGACAAGUGUAGUUCCCGGCAUUUAAAUUGAACACUGACUCAAU